AUGUUUCAUCGACAAACACCAAUAGAAUCACAAUUUCAGUCUCGAAUUUUAAACAAUUUAAAUGCUGAAAUUGCCUCUGGUGCAAUUUCAAAUAUUUCUGAAGCAAUUGAAUGGAUUCAUUUUACUUAUUUUUAUAUUCGUUUACGCAAAAAUCCGUUACAGUAUGGAGUUGAUUGGAAAGAAUUGAGAAGAGAUUCACAAUUAAAUGCUUAUUUAUCUGAUUUUUGUCAUAGUGCUGCGAGACGUUUGGAUGGUAAUAGGAUGAUACGUUAUGAUCCAAUGUAA